GCAAAAUUGACUAACCUAAGCUAUCACAUGACUGUGAUUUGUCGCCUUUGCCCUUUGCCGGGGUGAUUGACGGGGUGAUGUUAGCGCGCCCCUUAGGUACGAGCUUAGUGUAUGAGGUACCAAUUGAAGUACCUGUGCUCCAAAAACUUCCAGCGUUCCCAGACAACCAAGCGUCUCGGAUACAACUUUAGCCUUCGCAACCUUCCCAACUUCUAAACUUCCGGCCUCCCUCCAACCUCCAACCUCUCUUUGAUUCUCCCAUUCCCAACUUCCUUUGCCACACCCAUACCAUCAAACCAAUACCAACUCUCAUCAUCCGCGACAAAAAUACUAUCCGUAUUGCAUUUAUUCCGCCGCCGCUUUCGACCAACAUUCGCUUCCUUAUUGACAAACCCAACCCGACCGUGUUUUAUCACCACUCGCCAAAAUGUCCAACGAAGCUCCCUACGAUCCGUACAUCCCCAGCGGCCAGUCCGCACCUCAACAGGGCGGCAACAAUCGAACGCAGGCGUUACAAGCUCAAAUUGACGAUACCGUCGGUGUUAUGCGAGAGAACAUCAACAAGGUCUCGCAACGUGGCGAACGUCUCGAUGCUCUGCAAGAUAAGACCGACAACCUAGCCGUCUCCGCCCAGGGCUUCCGCCGCGGUGCCAACAGAGUUCGCAAGCAGAUGUGGUGGAAGGAUAUGAAGAUGAGGAUGUGCCUGAUUCUAGGUAUCAUCAUCCUAAUUCUAGUUAUUGUCGUCCCUUCCGUCCUCGCAAGCCAGGGCAAGGUCUAAUUUAAUUCCACUGUACAUCACUAAGCACAUCAGGUGCUGAUCGACUUGAUGGCAUGAAUGACGGGUUGAAUCUCGCAGGCUACGAGCAGCAGUAGACACGCAUUGGCGAUACCGAACAUGAAAAAUCUUCGGAAUCGCUAGCACAGAGAGGAGUUUGUCUUUGAUUUGGCCGGUCUUUCUUUGGCUUGCAAACGUAACGAAUUCGGAACGCUUAGGAUACCGUCGACGCCCUAACCACACCCUUAGGGACGGAGCGGCGGACGAAUCAAACUUGUAUGUAUGAUGGCGAGGCGUUUUUCGACUAAUUUAAGAUAUCUUACGACCCCCUUAAGAUCGAUGCUUAUUGGCGUAUAAACUAAUUACUCUUUCUCGGCCUUAAUCCUGUUGCGAAUGUGUUCUUGGCCUCCUCUACGAGUAGUGAGUUAUGGUAGCCGCAUAGAUAUGAAAUUAAUAGCUUUAAGACUUGA